CCGCCCGCCGCGCCCGGGGCCGGCAUGGAGCUCUUCCAAGCCAAGGACCACUACAUCCUGCAGCAGGGCGAGCGCGCGCUGUGGUGCAGCCGCCGGGACGGCAGCCUGCAGCUCCGGCCGGCCACCGAUCUACUUCUGGCUUGGAAUCCCAUUUGUUUGGGAUUAGUGGAAGGUGUUAUUGGGAAAAUUCAGCUUCAUUCAGAUCUUCCGUGGUGGCUUAUUCUCAUUCGGCAGAAAGCCGUGGUGGGCAAGCUUCCAGGAGACCAUGAGGUCUGUAAAGUCACCAAAAUCGCUGUGCUGUCACUUUCUGAAAUGGAGCCUCAGGAUCUUGACCUAGAGCUCUGUAAGAAGCAUCAUUUUGGAAUUAACAAACCAGAGAAGAUUAUCCCAUCUCCUGAUGACUCAAAGUUUCUACUGAAGACUUUUACCCAUAUUAAAUCCAACGUGUCUGCACCUAAUAAAAAGAAGGUCAAAGAAAGUAAAGAAAAGGAGAAGUUGGAGAGGAGAUUACUUGAAGAAUUGCUAAAGAUGUUCAUGGACUCAGAAUCCUUUUACUAUAGCUUGACGUAUGACCUGACCAACUCGGUGCAAAGACAGAGCUCCGGAGAGGGAGACAGCCGGCCCCUCUGGCAGAAGGUUGAUGACAGAUUUUUCUGGAAUAAAUACAUGAUACAGGAUCUCACUGCGAUUGGUACCCCAGAUGUGAGCUUCUGGAUCAUCCCCAUCAUCCAAGGUUUUGUGCAGAUUGAAGAACUCGUGGUUAAUUACAGCGAAGCCUCUGACGAGGAGAGGAGCAGCCCAGAGACGCCCCCUCAGGAGUCCACGUGUGUCGACGACAUCCACCCGCGGUUUCUCGUGGCCCUCAUUUCACGCCGAAGCAGGCACAGAGCAGGAAUGCGUUAUAAGCGAAGAGGUGUUGAUAAAAAUGGAAAUGUUGCAAAUUACGUGGAGACGGAGCAGCUGAUCCACGUUCACAACCACACGCUGUCAUUUAUUCAGACACGGGGCUCUGUGCCUGUGUUCUGGAGCCAGGUUGGCUAUCGAUACAACCCAAGACCGCGGCUGGACAAAAGUGAAAAGGAAACUGUUACCUAUUUCUGUGCUCACUUUGAAGAGCAGCUGAAAAUUUACAAAAAACAGGUUAUUAUUAACCUGGUAGACCAGGCAGGAAGGGAGAAGAUUAUUGGAGAUGCUUAUCUGAAGCAGGUGUUACUCUUUAACAGCUCACGCCUCACCUACGUCUCGUUCGAUUUCCACGAGCACUGCCGAGGAAUGAAGUUUGAGAAUGUGCAAACGUUAACCGAUGCCAUUUGUGACAUCAUUCUUGACAUGAAGUGGUGCUGGGUGGACCGAGAUGGGGUGAUCUGCAAACAGGAAGGGAUUUUCCGCGUGAACUGCAUGGACUGUCUGGACCGCACCAAUGUGGUCCAAGCCGCCAUCGCUCGCGUGGUCAUGGAGCAGCAGCUGAAGAAGCUUGGUGUGAUGCCUCCAGAGCAGCCACUGCCAGUGAAAUGCAACCGUAUUUACCAGAUCAUGUGGGCCAACAACGGUGACUCCAUCAGCCGGCAGUACGCGGGGACAGCCGCUCUCAAGGGUGACUUUACGAGGACAGGAGAAAGGAAGCUAGCAGGAGUGAUGAAAGAUGGGGUUAACUCAGCGAAUAGGUAUUACCUCAAUCGAUUUAAGGAUGCUUACAGGCAAGCUGUCAUAGAUUUGAUGCAAGGCAUUCCCGUCACAGAAGAUCUUUAUUCCAUAUUUACCAAGGAGAAGGAGCAUGAGGCUCUGCACAAGGCCACUCAGAGGAGCCACCAGGAGCUCAUCAGCCAGCUCUUACAGAGCUACAUGAAGCUGCUGCUGCCCGAGGACGAGAAGUUCCACGGGGGCUGGGCCCUCAUUGACUGUGACCCCAGCCUCAUUGAUGCGACGCACCGCGACGUGGACGUGCUGCUGCUCCUUUCUAAUUCUGCCUACUAUGUGGCCUAUUAUGAUGAUGAAGUUGAUAAAGUAAACCAGUAUCAACGUCUAAGUCUGGAAGACCUGGAAAAAAUAGAAAUAGGUCCAGAGCCCACUCUUUUCGGUAAGCCCAAGUUCUCCUGCAUGCGACUGCACUACAGGUGCAAAGACGCCAGCGGCUACUUCCACACACUGAGGGCUGUGAUGCGCAAUCCAGAAGAGGAUGGAAAAGAUACGCUUCAGUGCAUUGCCGAGAUGCUGCAGAUCACCAAGCAGGCCAUGGGACUGGAUGUGCCUAUCAUUGAAAAGAAACUUGAAAGGAAGAGCAGUAAACCUCAUGAAGACAUUAUUGGUAUCCGAUCUCAAAAUCAAGGCUCUUUGGCUCAAGGAAAGAAUUUUUUAAUGAGCAAAUUUUCCUCUCUAAAUCAGAAAGUAAGACAGACAAAAUCCAAUGUAAAUAUUGGCAAUCUACGAAAGCUUGGAAACUUUACAAAACCUGAUAUGAAAGUUAAUUUUCUCAAACCAAAUUUAAAGGUAAAUCUUUGGAAAUCAGACAGUAGUCUUGAAACCAUGGAAAAUACAGGUACGACAGACAGUAAAGUCCAGGGUGAGUCUGACGGGGAGAUUUCUUCAGAUAACGAUUCAUACCACUCCGACGAAUUCCUCACAAAUUCCAGAUCUGAUGAAGACAGACAGCUAGCGAGUUCCCUGGAGAAUGUCGGGCCGGUAGACUACGUUCUUCCUAGCUGUGGGAUUAUCGCGUCAGCACCCCGAUUAGGCAGUCGGUCCCAGUCUGUAAGUAGCACUGAUAUUAGUAUUCCUGUGCCCUCAGAGGUUACUGCCCCUCAUGGAAAAGGCCAUGAGUCAUCUCUGAAGAAAAGUCCUUCUGCUGACCACAUACACGCAUUGACUGGCUUUGCCAAGCCUGUGGAUGUAUACUGCCACAGGUUUGUGCAAGAUGCACAGAAUAAAAUGACCCAGCCGUUGGAAACCAGGCCUGUUUCUCAGCAGGCUGUUGAGGAAGGGCAUCAAGUGACCAGUAAGGUUCCCAACGAAGAAACCCAACCCGAAGCAGUGGGACAGACCCCCUCCCGACCGUCUCAGUUAGACGUGUCCUCUUCUGCGAAAGGCCCGCAGUUUUUGUCGGUGGAAUCAGGGCGUCCAGUUGUGUCUCAAAAGACCCCAGGCUCCGCGUCCGGCGUGCUUGAACUUGAGCCAGGGCUUAACAUAACCCCUUCUCCUUCAGACGGCGGCAGCAGCAGAGCAGUGUCGCCCUUUGCAAAGAUCAGGAGUUCCAUGGUCCAGGUGGCUAACAUUACCCAAGCUGGCUUAACCCACGGGAUCAACUUGGCAGUGGCCAAGGUUCAGAAGAGCCCUGCCGAAGCUGACGCACUUCACGAAGUCCAGAAGAACGAGCUCAGAAACAUGUUUACACAAUGCCAGACGCGAAUCAUCCAGAUUUAG